UUCUGAACGAAACUGGAUCAAAUGUCUCGUGUACAGAUGGUGGAUCUGUGAUUUAGAUCCUGCUGGACAGAGGAGAUCCUUCAACCUCUCUGCUGAUGUUUGAAGUGUCCUCAUAGCACUGGGAGAUGGAGCACCUGCUCCUCCCGCUGUCAGGGGGGCGUGUCCGUAUAAACCCUCACCUGUCUGAGCGUCAUCCUCGUGAGCGCUCAUUCAGCAGUGAGACGCGCGGCCGCGUCGUCAGGCUUUGGAUCCUCGAGCGUCAGUCAGAGUGCGACAUGCCCCCCCACAUGGAUUACUUUUCCCAUGAGUCCCGAGUCCCUUCAGACUGCGUUCUGACCCGGGAGGACGAGCUGGACCCCGGGCUCAUCAGCUGCAUGCUGGUUGGAGACGGAGCCGUGGGGAAGACCAGCAUGAUCAUCAGCUACAUCUCCAACGGAUACCCGGUGGAGUACCAGCAGACAGGCUUCGACGUGUUCUCUGGUCAGGUCCAGGUAGACGGAUCUGCGGUUAAGGUCCAGCUUCUGGACACUGCUGGACAGGAAGAGUUUGAUGAAUUCAGGGCUCUCUCCUACGCCCACACAGACGUCUUCCUCCUGUGCUUCAGCAUGGUCAACCCUACCUCAUUUCACAACAUCACCAAGAAAUGGGUGCCGGAGAUCCGAGCCCACAACCCAUCCUCUCCCAUCAUUCUGAUUGGGACUCAGAUGGACAUGAUGCUUGACGUGAAUGUCCUCAUCAACUUGGACCAGUGCCACGUGAAGCCAGUCCCAAGCACUCGGGCGCGGAGCAUGGCCGAUAAAAUACGGGCCACAGACUAUAUCGAGUGCUCAUCCCUCACACAAAAGAACUUGAAGGAGGCGUUUGAUGCAGCUAUCUUUGCUGCAAUGAAGAAUAAAGCUCGUAAGAACAAGAAGAGGAGGUUUUCUGACAGGAAAACCAAAGCAUUUUCCAGAUGCAGCUGGAAGAAGGUCUUCUGCUUUGUCUGAAUUCUCUCUGAGUUGGUUUGUGAACUCGUUUUUAAUUUAUUGAAGUGUUUUACUGCUGCUUAGUUUAGCAUUUGGUCCUUCUUAUAGUGAUGUUUGAAGUGGUGCUAAGAUAGGAUCUGUGCAACACUUCUCCAGGGAAAACCCGUCUCUGUUACUGGGAUGUACCGGCACAGUCCUGGUUAAUGGCAGCCAUGUCAACGAAGUCUGCAGGUUCAAGGAGGUCUGUCCCGACUGUGAAACUAAAACAGGAACUGGACCGAACAGGCUGAAUGCAGCGCAGAAGGAGGCUGCAUGCUGGGUUUACUCGCAGCCUUUCUUAGCGUGUACAGAGCAGUAAGAUUUGUGAGGACAGAGCCCUUGAAGGUGCAGCAGCUGGGAGUUUGGCUGCUGAGGGACAGCCUGCAUUUCCACUUGUUUGUCGGACCUUCUCUGACAGGUUUGGUUCAGGGUUUUCCCUUCAAGUCACCUGUCAGUCUAAUUGAGACUAAUACUAUUUUGUUUACCUGUGAGACCCAGCAGAAGAACGAUUCUAGGGCUCACAACUUCAGAAAACAACGUUUCAUGAACAUAAUUAUGUUCUUUAAAAAGAAAAACUUUUAGGUUCUUCUGCUUCAAUUUGACAGAUGAACUUGUUGUUAAGUUGGAAAGUCACAGUAAACUCUGACUGUAAACCAACACAAUGGUGUGGUUGUACCCUGCUCUCAUGAAUCUGCAUUUGUAAAGGUUGAAACUCUGAUGAGUCUGCCCCCCCACCCCACCCCACGCUGUCUUCUUACUCCAAUUUUGGAUUACUUUGUGGACACGUAGAGUUAAGUUCUUGUGUGAGGAGACCUGGAUCUUUCCUUGUUGCACUGAAUUGUUGCUUCUUGUAGAAGUCAUGAUUACGGUUCUGUUUGUUCAAACAGGUUUGUUAUGAAAUAAAAGACAUGAUGUCUGAUGUUGUGACUUAACUAUCA